AAAUGACCCCAACACGGUGCUGUCCUUAUUACAGGAGUUUAAAGAAAAUUAGAAAUUAUUUUUUUCCUCUUAGCAACUUUUCUCUGAACUAAGAGUAGAGGUGAUGGUGAUAAACUAAGCUGCAAUGAAUUACAAUGAGUUGGGAGCAAAAUUGGUAAGGUUAUUUCAGGCAGACAGGGAAUUAAAUGUUUUUUUUAAGUUCAGUUUUCAUGGCCUUCCCCUUUUCCCCCUCCAGAUGUCAGAGGAUCUAGCAAAACAGCUGGCAAGCUACAAAGCUCAACUCCAGCAAGUUGAAGCUGCACUGUCUGGAAAUGGAGAAAAUGAAGAUUUGCUAAAAUUAAAGAAAGAUUUACAAGAAGUUAUAGAACUAACCAAAGACCUUCUGUCAACUCAACCUUCAGAAACUCUUGCAAGUUCAGACUGUUUUGCUUCUACUCAGCCCACUCAUUCAUGGAAAGUAGGGGACAAGUGUAUGGCAAUCUGGAGUGAAGAUGGACAGUGUUACGAAGCGGAGAUUGAGGAGAUAGAUGAAGAAAAUGGCACCGCUGCAAUCACCUUUGCUGGCUAUGGCAAUGCUGAAGUGACUCCACUGUUGAACCUCAAGCCUGUAGAAGAAGGAAGGAAGGCAAAGGAGGACAGUGGCAGCAAACCCAUGUCCAAAAAAGAAAUGAUUGCCCAGCAGCGUGAAUACAAAAAGAAGAAAGCUUUGAAAAAAGCACAAAGAAUAAAAGAACUUGAGCAGGAGAGAGAGGACCAGAAAGUGAAAUGGCAACAGUUCAACAACAGGGCCUAUUCUAAAAACAAAAAAGGCCAGGUAAAGAGGAGUAUUUUUGCUUCACCUGAGAGUGUAACUGGCAAAGUUGGAGUAGGAACUUGUGGAAUUGCUGACAAACCUAUGACACAGUAUCAAGAUACCUCUAAAUAUAAUGUCAGGCAUUUGAUGCCUCAAUAAUCAGAAAAACUGUUGGAUUUCAUCUCUGCAGGGCUUUACAUUUACCUUUUUAUCCUUAUAUUUUUCUAAAGGUAAAUUAUUUGUUAGAUGAGUAAGGAAGAUACCAUUGUCGUCAUUGUUUGCCUUCAAUAGAAUGAAACUUGAAGAAAUUGCUUUGAUAACUGCUAUUCAUUUAACUUGCUUCAUUACUACACCAGUUUCCUCAAAGUUUGUUGGGUAAAGCAACUUUUCUAGAUAGAUGGCUGCUUAAAUAAAGCACUUAAAAGAUGAAUUGUCGAUCUUCUAAUAUCAGGCCCAUACUUUUUGUAAAGUUCUAACCUGGAACUUUGAGAACCUUUGAACUUCCCACAUAUUCUAGCAAUUCACUGGAGCAUCAAGGCAAAACCCCAAACUUCUAGAGAUCUUUUAAAUUUUUUUCUUUAUCUUCCACUUAAACUUAGUUGUUGGCCAGUUAAGCCUAAAAAUAGGUUAAUUUAUAAAUGACAAAGGCCAUUUUGAGGUUUUUCCUUCAAUAACUUGUUUCCUAAGCCUGUUAGGCCAUCUCUAAAAUGUAUCCAGCUGUUACUUUCAUUGAGUUUUAGUUUUAUGUAAGAAACCAUGUUUUAGGACCAGCUACCUUUUCUAAUGUUUUGGGGUUUUUUUUUUUGGUUUUUUUUUUUUGUACGUUUGCUUUUUUCCUGUUGGUUUUUCACUUAUGGUAGUGGUACCAUUUUUUUUGGAUGUGAAAUGUUUAUAUGAGAAAACAAAAAGCUGAUGUAUAGCCCUGUAUACAGUGUAGAUACUAUUUUUGUAAAAAAACAAAAAAAAAACAAGGCUAAAUUAAUGAACAAGAGUACUGAAUGUUUCAUCAUUAAAAAUUUGCUGUAUUUCUUGUGCAUUAAUCUGACCAUAAUUUCCUUGUAUAUUAUGUUCAUGUAGCUGAGUUUGUAAUUUUUUGUUAACUAGAUCAAGUUGUCAGCAUUUGCUGGUGUAAGUAAACAUAGUUAUCCUGCGUUGAGUUUAAGCCAAGUAUAUGCAUAGAAAAGUGUCUUCCUGUUAAUGGAAGACGGUGAUUUUUUGGAUGUGUUAAUUUCAGUUUUUGUAUGUUUAAUUUUUAUUAAAUAAAGUGUUUUUAAAAUCUC